ACUAUUACUGAAAUAUUUAUGCGUAGUAGUAGGGUGCAGUAGCAUUGAAAAGGCCUCUUUUUAAACAAAGUUUUAAUACACCAUGCAAAUUGGGUAUUAAGAUUCGUGUACGCCGUACGAGCAUGAGAUGAAAUUGUAUCGGUGCAAUUAUCUGAAUGUGACAGUGUAGAUGUGCGCUUACGUGUGACAUGCAGACCGUGUUGAAAAGCGAGAGAAAUAUCCAAACUUCCUGGGCACUUUUGAGGAAUCGCCGAUGAACAAAAACAAAGUUCCUGGAGGAAGUGUUUGUUUGUGGGAAGAAGCAAUUAAAGCAAUAACGAGGCAGGCCGAUAAACACGGCAUACUAGAGCUCUGUAAGAAAGCAGUGCUUAUAAUAGAGAUUAUCCAAACACAGUGAAGACCGUCUAUACCACACCAGCAGGAUGGGCAAUCGUGAUGAUGAAUAUGAUUAUUUAUUCAAAGUUGUGCUGAUCGGAGACUCGGGUGUCGGAAAAAGUAACCUGUUAUCGAGAUUUACUAGGAAUGAGUUUAAUCUUGAAUCUAAAUCUACCAUAGGUGUGGAAUUCGCUACCAGAAGUAUAGAGGUUGAUGGUAAAACUAUUAAGGCCCAGAUAUGGGAUACUGCUGGACAGGAGCGCUAUCGUGCGAUAACUUCAGCGUACUAUCGCGGUGCAGUAGGUGCUUUGCUCGUGUACGACAUUGCGAAGCAUUUGACCUACGAGAACGUUGAACGGUGGCUGCGGGAGCUACGCGAUCAUGCUGACCAGAAUAUCGUCAUCAUGCUCGUCGGGAAUAAGAGUGAUUUACGGCAUCUUCGUGCCGUACCCACGGAUGAGGCGAAGGGCUUCGCAGAGCGCAACGGACUCAGCUUCAUUGAAACGUCGGCAUUGGACUCGACCAAUGUUGAAACAGCAUUCCAAAAUAUACUCACAGAGAUUUACCGAAUUGUAUCGCAAAAGCAAAUUCGGGAUCCGCCAGAAGGCAGUGUGAUUAGACCGAACUUGGAGAACAUCGACGUGAAGCCGACCAAUCCGACGACUGAUUCCGUGCGAAAACAAUGCUGCCAGUGACCGCCGCAAGCAGAAGAGACGUCCGUUCAUGAUGCUGUGUAUUCAGUAAUAACAUCAUCCAGCACUACUAUUAAUACUACAACUACAGAUAGUACUGCAAGCACUACUACUGCUACCGCCAACACGGUUACUGCAUCUAAUAUUACAGAAAAAGCUAAAAUUAAAUACAAUAUUGCUCCAAAUGAAACUAUUACUACUACCACAACUACUACUACUAUUACCACCACCACAACCACCGCCACUACAACGAGGGCAACAAUGGUCGGCACCAUUCGCAAUGACGCAAUUUCGAAAGAUGAUCGCUUCAUGAUUGACAUUACCAGCAGUCGGGAAAAGGAGCCAUCCAUAGUUGAUGGUAACAAUAACGCUGGUGGAAUGCUACUAAUGUGAAGCAUUUGUUUGGAAGUCAAAAUGGCAAGUUUCCUGAAGCAUUCCCCUUUCUUUUUGGCUAUAUCAACCAGUGCAAAAUGAAAGUGUGUUACACAAUAGAGCAUUUUUAUAGAGAUGAAAUUUUGCAGCAAUAAGGAAAAACAGAAUAUGGUUUUUGUGCGUUUGCUUUAUUCUACUUAUUCUAUUUGUUUAUUUUUCUUUAAAAACAACAUUACGUUUAACUUUCUUCAACAGGGAGUUUCUGUUUUAAAGGAAACAACCUCUAGUGCUUUUUAUUCCAUAGAUGCGACGAUAUGAAUUGUAGAGCUAUGCCAAAACACGGUGGACAAUUUAUUUACUGUUACACUCCGAGGGUGUUUUACACAUUUCAGAUAGCAUGAAUGGUGACAAACUCCACUUGCGUACAUUAGGGCGGUGUUGUAAUAAGAACAAAAAGAGAAUAUGCUAGUGAUGAUUUUUAAUAUCUCUCUUUUGCAACAACAAAGGAGAGAGGGAAUAUGGAAAUGAACAACAAAUAACAAUAGAGAAAUGUUUUCCUAAAAUAUUGAUCAAUUGUAUGAAAUCAUGUAUAUCAUGUAUAAGGGAAUCAAAUACAUGUUUCAAUAGAAUACCGGGAAAUAUAUAACAUUAUAUAAUAACUCUAGUGAUGAGUGUCAGUCCCUUCGUGCCCGAGAGGUGAUUCAACUGUGGUUGGAACCGUUUGAAAAGGAUAUCAUUUCACAGCUGCCCCCAUUCAGCAGCCGAAUCUGGCAAAUUUCUACUCCGAAAUUGGAGAGGUAGGAAUAGUACUUUAUUCAGCAAUAGCGAACGACGUUUCAGAGUAUUGUUUCGAAGCAUCGUUUUUUUUUUGUCUCUCAACGACCUUACUGAUAGGUGGUUUGUUACUGAUGUUAUAAACAUCGGACGCAACUCGCAGCUUCGUAAACGGUUUAUCGUCGUACAACGUACAUUUCUACGCUUUUCAUGUGCACCAACGGUCAAAAAAUCGAUACUGAAAAUUCAGUCCAGAAUAAUUUGGCGGUAAAAAUGUGCGGAAAAUAGUUGAUGGCAAAAUGAGGAAGCUUUGUUGUGUGAUGGCUUAAAAAAUCAAAACAAAUAAGUAAAAGAUGUGUUUUAAUGUAAGGGAAAUAUCACUAGAUAAUGUUUUGUUUUCAUUCAAAGUUCAAAAUAAAGAGGAUGGAAUAACGGAUGAAAGUGCAGAAA